AUGGAUGUACACUUUCGAGAACUUGAGCCAUAUUACACCCGGAAGGUAACUUUAUUCGUUGGUAACUCACCUAAUACUGAAAAUAUAAGGCGAGAGGAGGAGAAUAGUGAGAGAUCGGUGAAUGUGGAGAAAUCAAUUUCUGUAACGAUUCCUUGGGAAGAAGAGGAGAACGAGACAAGAGAGGAGAAUGAGACAAGAGGUGUUAGGUCUAUGGCUCAGGGGGAGCUACUUACCUAUAGUAGGAAGCGAAAACAAAUUGUGGGAACAGUACCUACAGUGUCACUGGUGCCAAGUCCAUUGUCAAUGCCUGCCCCGACUUCUGAGACACCUACACCACCACCAGAUUCCUCGCAAGGUGAUACCAUUCCUCUUCCUACUCCUUCCACACCAAUGUCUGUACGGAGAACUACUCGUAGUAAUGCGGGAAAUCCUCCUGAUAGAUAUGGUUGGGAUCUUGCCCAGAUGGACAUAAGAUCACAGAGUCAGGAUCAAGAAGAAAUAUUUCGAGGUCUAGAAAGUGAGGGACAAAAAAGAGCAAGGAUGGAUUAUAUGACAUGGACUGAAGCAGAGGCUAACGAAUUGCUUAGACUGUUAGUAGAGGAAGUUAAGAAUGGAAAUAAGCAAGCAAAUGGCAGUUUUAAAAAGUAUGUGAUUCUGAAGAAUGUGAUACCCCCUCUAGUUGAAAAUUUUGGAAAAGAUUUUAGAUAUAAUCAUGUAAUGAACAAGAUAAAGCAAUGGAAGAGAAAGAUUGCACCUGUAGAGAUCCUGAUGAAAAAUAACUCUGCUUUUGGUUGGGACCCUACCACACAGAAAUUUACAUGUCCCGACGAAGUGUGGAAUGGCAUUUUAGAGGCACGUCCAAAUACUCCAAAUCUUAAGGAUAAACUUUUCGAGAAUUUUGAAGAUAUAUUGAUGGUAUGCGGAGAUCAUGGCGCUUCUGGCAAAGGAGCUAUAGGUUUAGGUCCUGAUGGCUUGGAUGAAGCACGCUUAGAGGAAGUGGUUGGGGAGGGCAUACUUGGUGCUGAUGCUGAGAUGGAAUCUCCGGAUGGAGGAAAUGCUACUGUAGAUAUGCAACAUGCUACCACCGUUCCCACUGAUAAUGUGCCAUUAUAUGGUUCUGGACCAUCCACUCUGAAUAAUGGUAAACGAAGGCGUAGGUCAAUUGGUACUGCAGGCACAUCCUCUGCAUCUUCCCAGUUAUCGUUGCAAGAGGUAGGAGAGGGAGUUGUCACUGUAGGUAAAGCUUUUCAUGAGUUAGUUGAUGAGUUGAGGAAGAUAAGAAAAGGUCGGAAUAAAGAAUGGGUUGAUGCUGUUAUGUCUACUUCUGAAUUGACUAAGCCACAAAAAUGGAAUAUACUCAGUGACAAUAUCUCACAGGACAUGAAGGAUGCCUUUAUUGACAUGGAUGCAAAAGACCGCUAUGAGUUUCUACAUUUUAGGUUGACCGGUGAGAUAAUGAAUGAUGGUAAGGAUGUGACUCAAGCCAAUUCUGAUCCAAAUGGUGAAGAUUAUGAUUCUGAUUUCCUUGGAGAUGUUUAG